AUGGCCAGCUUCCCGUGGCAGCAUUUUAUCAAUCAAGUGUUGGCCACUCAGGGGAACAACAAUAAUAGCAACAACGCGGGUGCAAGGGUUGAAGAAGAUUUGGCCAAACCUUAUAAGCCAAGUAACCUCUCAUGCUUUUCACAGCAGAUAGCCGAUUAUGAUUUCCAAACAAAGAUCAAAAUGCCGGUCCACAUCAAAACGUAUGAUGGGACUGAAGAUCCUGAAUACCAUCUUCAGAUCUUUACUGGUGCCGCAAGAAUUAAGAACUGGUCGAAUGCAGAAUGUUGUUUAAUGUUCAUGCAAGCCCUUGUCGGAUCAGCCAGAAUCUGGUUCAACGAUUUACCUGCUCGAAGCGUUCGAAGCUUCGAUGACCUCAGCAAAGGAUUCCUGGCCAAUUUAUCCCAACAGAGGCGGUAUGUUAAAGAUGCUACAGUGAUCUUUCAGAUCAAACAAAGAGAUGAUGAAAGCCUUCGAGAGUUCAUAGAAAGAUACAAAAAGGAAGGUCUAACUUAUGUGGGAGCAGACGAAAAAAUGAGGGUGGCCGGUUUUAUGAAUGCCAUCACAUCCAAAUAUCUCACAAGAGAUUUCAACAAAUCCCUGCCCAAGACCUUGGAAGAAGCUCUCGAAAGGGCUGAAGCCCACAUCCGGGGAGAGGAGGCAAUAGACAUUAAAGAGCAAAGGAAAAGAGGAUCCAGCUGGCGAGGCAACAACCCAGCUAGAAAAGGGGGAACUUCAACUCCUAUGAUAGACGCCAAAAGGGUUCAGACCAUCGAAGAAAAGGGCCACCACACUAAUGAUUACUUCCAGAUUAAGAAAAGGAUUGAAGAAGCUGUUAAGUCCGGGGAACUUGCUCACUUGGUGAAAGGAGUAAGGGACAAAAAGGCUGAAGGAAAGGGCAAGGAAGUCAAUAUGGUGGAUUUUGAUGGAAGGGUUCCACACAAGAAGCAACGGUUGGAAGCUUGGGAGCUUCAGUAUGUUUGCUUUCCUCCAACAGAGAAAGACCCUCUUUCAAACCCCCUUGUAAUAGAAGCAACUGUGGGAACAUUGCAAAUGAGCAGAGCAUACAUAGACACUGGUACUGCCACCGCAAUCAUGUUCGAAAAGUUCUUUAACCGCUUGAGCAAUGAAGAACGUUAA